UAUAACUGAAGUGGGAUCGUUCUUCACAAGGCGAUCGAACCACAAAAACACACAACACCAAAACCCCCGAAUUUUCCCAUGUCUUGAACAAUGCCUGCAGAAACGUGCGCAGGCCACAAGGAUGUAUUCUUGGCAAAGGCAUCGAAAAGGUCUCCAUUGAUACUAAGAAUGGUGGUCUUGAUUUCUGCCGUGGUCUGUGGACUGUACAUCUUUUCAAUCUGUAUAAACCAAACAGAUUACAAAUUCAGACAAGCUAAACCUCUGAAAAUCCAAGUGAUUGAUCGACGGAAUCGCAGUAAUUGUAGGAACACGGGAAUUCAAGAACCUGAUCUGCGUUAUGUACAUUUUCCUGAGCCUGAGAGCUUCAGCAGAUCGUGUCGAUGCAGCGGUCUGGAAGUGGGUGGUUUGAGACAUUGCUCAACAGUCAUAUGAACUUGAGCUCCAAUGGGGAAAUUUUCGGACCGUCUGAGAGGAGGAACAAUGUUUCCAUGAUUUACAAGACGCUGGAUAAAGUUUAUAAUCUUGAUUGGUUUAGCAGUGCGUCCAAGAAUGAGUGCUCGGCUGCUGUUGGCUUCAAAUGGAUGAUAAAUCAGGGGUUGAUGGAGCAUCAUGAAGAGGUAGCAGACUACUUCAACACAAGAGGAGUGUCCUUAAUAUUUCUGUUGAGGAGAAAUCUUCUUCGCAGGAUGAUUUCACUGCUUGCUAAUACAUACGACAAGAAUGUCAAACUCUUGAAUGGAACACAUAAAUCCCAUGUUCAUUCACCACAUGAGGCCGAGGUACUUGCAGGAUACAAGCCCACCCUCAACGUAUCGACACUCGUAUCCAACAUAAGGUCGGCAGAGGGGACGGCAGCAAGAGCCCUGGAAUGCUUCAAGACCACUCGCCACAUUGUGUUAUACUAUGAAGACAUAAUUACCAACCACACGAAACUAGUAGAAGUGCAAGAGUUCUUGAAGCUGCCCUCACAAAACCUUACGAGUGGACAGGUUAAGAUACACAGCGGCCCUCUUUCAAGAUAUGUCGCCAACUGGGAAGAUGUCCGGAAAACGCUCCAGGGAACUUCGUACGAGAAUUUGUUGAAUACAGACUAUAAAUCGUGAUUUCUAUGGCAAUGCAAUCCAGGUUGCAUUGCCCAUAGGUUUGUAACAAUAAGGAAAGGGACUAUGGCUAUGCAAUACUUAUUGCGAAUAUAAAUGUCUUGUCUGAAAAUACACCCACUGAUAAUUUUUGAGAAAAUUACACUUUUUGUACCACAAUAUAGGGUAUUCCGCAAUCUUGAUACCAUUCUUUUCUAAAUGUGGUGCCA